ACCCUAGUCAGUUGAGAACAACACAUCGGGCAUUCUGUCGUGAAACAUGGCUAUGUUCACGGCCUCAAGGGCUGGUGGAUUGCUGAAAUCUUUUUUCCCCGUGUCUGCGGGGUUUAUCAGCAAAACGUCAGGUACAAGUGGAGCCCAUUUUAAGAAAAAUGCUGUUUUUAUUCGAGCUUGUUCUGGAAGCGUUCUACAGAGGAUCGAAGAGAAAAAGGAAGAGGCCAUUGUUGGUGGGGGACAGAAGAGGAUUGACGCUCAACAUCGUAAAGGAAAACUAACUGCAAGAGAAAGAGUCAAGCUGUUGUGUGACCCAGAAUCAUUUGUUGAAUAUGACAUGUUUAUGGAACACAACUGCACUGAAUUUGGAAUGGAAAAUCAGAAGUUUACUGGUGACAGUGUAGUUACUGGACAAGGAACAAUUAAUGGACGCGUUUGCUUUGUCUUUAGUCAGGAUUUCACUGUAUUUGGUGGUAGCUUGUCAAGUGCUCAUGCCAAAAAAAUCUGCAAGGUGAUGGACAAGGCCAUGCUUGUUGGUGCACCAGUGAUUGGUUUGAAUGACUCGGGUGGUGCUCGUAUCCAGGAAGGUGUGGAGUCACUGGCUGGUUAUGCUGAUAUUUUCCAGCGUAAUGUGAUGGCCUCAGGGGUUAUUCCACAGAUCUCGCUUGUCAUGGGACCCUGUGCAGGAGGUGCUGUGUAUUCUCCAGCAAUUACUGAUUUCACUUUUAUGGUCAAGGACACAUCAUAUCUGUUCAUUACUGGACCAGAUGUAGUGAAGACUGUCACACAAGAAGAUGUCACUCAAGAGGAACUAGGAGGGGCUAAAACUCACACCUCUGUAUCAGGAGUUGCUUGUGGGGCAUUUGAAAAUGAUGUGGAAGCUUUGGCCAUGAUUAGAGAUUUCUUUGACUUCCUGCCUCUCAGUAACAAGAGCCCGUCUCCAAUCCGUGAAUCAGACGACCCAUGUGACAGAAUAAUUCCCAACUUGGAUACUCUUGUACCAUUUGAUUCCACCAAGGCUUAUGACAUACUAGAUGUGAUUUAUCCGAUUGUAGAUGACGGUGAAUUCUUUGAGAUCUCGCCUGAUUAUGCUAAAAACAUUGUUGUUGGUUUUGGACGAAUGAAUGGACGCACUGUGGGAGUUGUUGGUAAUCAACCUACAGAAGCAGCUGGUUGUUUGGACAUCAACGCUUCUGUCAAGGGAGCGCGGUUCGUGCGUUUCUGUGAUGCAUUUAACAUUCCCAUCAUCACGUUUGUAGAUGUUCCCGGAUUUCUUCCAGGAACACAUCAGGAAUAUGGUGGUAUUAUUCGCCAUGGAGCAAAGCUAUUAUAUGCGUAUGCUGAAGCAACUGUACCUAAAAUCACUGUUAUCACCAGAAAAGCGUAUGGCGGUGCAUAUGACGUUAUGAGCUCUAAACAUCUGCGGGGUGAUUUCAACUAUGCUUGGCCAACAGCGGAAGUAGCAGUUAUGGGAGCCAAGGGUGCUGUGUCAAUCAUAUUCAGAGGCAAAGAGAAUAUCGAAAAAUAUGAAGCUGAGUAUGUGGACAGAUUUGCUAAUCCAUUCCCGGCUGCAACAAGAGGAUUUGUGGACGACAUCAUCAAGCCUCACAUGACACGGAAAAGAAUCUGCCGAGAUUUGGAAGUACUUGCCACCAAGAAACUUGAAAACCCGUGGAAAAAACAUGGAAAUAUUCCCUUGUAGCUGACUUUGAUGACUCCUGCAUUAUAAUUAUUCGUGGAAAUUUUUAACACCGUGUCUUCCUCGCCUUUGAACAAAUUUAAUCAACAUGUAAAAAGUUUUAUAAAACAUCGGGGAAGAGAAGUAUGAAUAUAUUAAAUGGUAAUGCAAGGAACGCUACCAUGUGUGUUAGCUGAAAACGUCACUGGUCGUUUUUAUGCGAAGCGUACAAGUGAGUAAUAUGGUGAUUCAAUGGGCAAAUUUCGUUUGGCGUUAGCUCAGCCUUGAGAGUCUGCGGAGAGCAUACAUCUUAUCAAACAUGGAGGAACGAUUGUUAGAUUUGGUGGAUUACAUGGGUAGGACUCAAGAGGGGAUGACAGCUCAAUUCGGUUUCUUGGAAUCACAGUAUCAAUGGUUUCUAGUACAAUCACUGUAUAUUCUGAUAAUAUUCUGCAUAGUAUGUUGAAGAACUCACCAUACUGUCUCCUAGAUUAUUGUCCAAAAACAGCAAGUAAGAGAACACAUGCACUAUGCACCACAGACAUCUUUCAGUUUCAGCAAAAUUAAAAAACUAGACAAAUCAUUA